CUGGUCUUGGCGAGUUCAGAAUCAGAGAUUUGAAUGAUGAAAUCAACAAACUAAUCAGAGAGAAAAGCCAUUGGGAAGCACAAAUUAAAGAAUUAGGUGGGCCAGAUUAUGCCAGAGUUGGUCCUCGGAUGUUGGACCAUGAAGGAAAGGAGGUACCAGGAAAUCGCGGUUACAAGUAUUUCGGAGCUGCAAAAGAUUUACCAGGAGUAAGAGAGUUAUUUGAGCAAGAGCCACCCCCUCCGCCACGGAAAACUCGUGGAGAGCUAAUGAAAGAUAUUGAUGCUGAUUAUUAUGGAUAUAGAGAUGAUGAUGAUGGCCUCCUCCUGCCAGCUGAGAUGACUGAAGAAAAAAAAGCCAUUGCCAAAGCUGUAGCUGAUUGGAAAAAUCGAGUAGAAUCAAUGGAAGUCGGCGAGGAAAGUGAUACAGAAGAGGUUGAGAAAAGCCGUUUGCAAGCAGAAAGCGGUGAUUCUAGUGAGAAUGAAGGUGAAGAGGAUGCAGGGCUUCAAAACGAGCUCAGUGGAUCUAAAUUUAUUGCUCAUGUCCCGGUUCCAUCUCAAAAACAAAUAGAACAAGCACUCAUCGAAAGGAAAAAGCAGGAGCUUCUGAACAGGUAUGCCAGUGAAGCUCUCGUGAAAGAAGAAGAAAGUGCAAAAGAACUACUUGGUAUCAAUGAAACUAAAAACAGUUGAUCUGUUAUUCCUCUCAUUCACUAAAGCAUAGUUUUCACUUUGUAAGCAACUUUGAAAAUUGGUUAUAGUACAUUUUGAGACUAAAGCGGAUAUCAGAGCAAACCGAUUAAUUGUUCCCUUUUCCAGGUACCAUUGAGAAAUAUUUAAAACAUUACUAUGUAUAAUACAGAAAGAGAAUAAUUGACUUUCUUUCAAAUAAUAAAAAUAUUUAUUAGUAAUGCAAAUAUUUGAGGCUUUUUGAAGCAAAGUCCAUUUUACUGAUGAGCGGGCAUCCCAUACGAAUACUAGCGUCAAGGGACUCGUCAAGAAACUGGACUGUGCUCCUUUUGCCUCAAAAUGCCUCAUUGAUGAAUCAUGUGAAUAGCACAGGUAAUUUAAAACUAAGUGCUAACUGUUUUAGCCCAUGAAUCGAGCUCUGCUGCAUGAAUUUUGUGAAAGUUUAAAAGAAUAUGUCUCCACUAGUGUAAUAUAUUAAGAUACAGAGAAACUUUGCCAUGGCAGGAAAUUUUUUCACUACCAAUAUGCCUGCAAUAUUUUGGGAUGUCAAGUGCCAAUAUUAUGAAAAGUUAACAUACUUUGGGUGAAGUAACGCACCCUCACAACCUCAAGCCUACCUAUCCAUCCAUGCAAAAUAAACUUCUCUUACUUUAUUUUUGUAUGUUAAAUGCUGCUACUGUCUGUCAGUAUUACAAAAAAAUACGAUAAACAGUUUAGUUUGCUGGCUAUCACUAACCCAUUGUACCAAUUCAGUUUUAAAUUUAUUUCCAGAAUCAAAUUCAAAAUGAGGAUGAUUACAUGUAGAAAGUACUGCCACUAGGUUGAAUCAAAUUGUAUGACAGGGCUUCUUUCCAAAAGAAUUUGUUUUAGUAGUAGAAUUGGCAUCGUCAAUUCUAUCUGAACAAAAUGGUCUAAUAUCAUGCACUUAUUAAUUCCUUGUAUGUUUUCAUUUUGUAUAGAAUUUAGGCUUAUUUGGACGUAUUUCUGCCAAACGGAACUAUGUGCAUUAAGGCAUGAGCCCUGAGACCCAUAAGAAUAUAUGCAUAACAGAGCUCACGUCAUAAUGCACAUAGUUCUGUUUGGCAGAAAUACGCUCAUUUAAUCAACUGUGAUGAUGUAAAAUGUUUUCAUUUAAUGAGGUUUUCAUGUAUGUAGUUAUUUUGUACCUAAUUACAAGAUCUUUUUUUGUGUCAAAAACCCAA